UGCGUUUAUUUUCACUUCUCUGAGUGUUGCGCUGUUUUGCUUGACUUGAUCAGAUCUGAACAAGUAGCCUGACUUAAGCCAGCUUCGCGAGCUGCUUUAAACCAGAUGUUUUGCGGUAACACGCAGUAGUUCCGUGCGUAACCGCAUCCACACAGCCUUCAUACCUUCUACCGACGCGGAUGUCCAGCUUCAAGGUGAGGAUAUGUACCAGGGCAUAAUGACAAGCAACCACGGACCCUCUUCAUACGAGGCCGGAUUUCUUCAUAACGGCUCGGCGGGCACCUCUCCGGUUUAUGUCCCCACCACCCGGGUCGUCACACCCAUGAUUCCUGCGCUUCCUUACCUUCAGGCGCCCGGUGCGUCGCAGCAGAGCAGCCCGGCGUCGAGCCACUCUGCGUGGGCACAGCCGGGGGCAGACUCGGUGCCCUCAUACAACCACUCCCCGGUGUCUCCGCGCUUCACUUUCUCCACCAGCCCGCCUCUGUCCUCCGGGGUGGCCACGGCCCGGGAGACGGCAGUUUCUUACACAAGUCCGCUGAACAUCUCCGCUAACGGUAGGGAUCACUACAGCGCUCGCGGUCUGAGCGGGUCGUAUCACAGCCCUUAUUCGGCCUACAUGAGCCCUAACGUGGGCGGAACGUGGCCGGCGUCCCCCUUCGACAGUCCGGUUCUCCACGGUCUCCAAACUGGCGCUCCUCCUGGGACAACAAGACACCCCAACAUAGAUUUGUUUGAUGACUUCGCUGAGGGCCGAGAGUGCGUGAACUGCGGAGCGAUGUCAACCCCCCUCUGGAGGCGAGACGGUACCGGUCACUACCUGUGUAACGCCUGCGGGCUGUACCAUAAGAUGAACGGCAUCAACAGACCUCUUAUCAAACCCCAGAGACGGCUGUCUGCCUCGAGGAGGGUGGGCCUGUCCUGCACCAACUGUCACACCACCACCACCACCCUGUGGCGACGAAACGCAGAGGGAGAGCCGGUCUGCAACGCCUGUGGGCUCUACAUGAAACUCCACGGGGUCCCUCGACCUUUGGCUAUGAAGAAAGAGGGGAUCCAGACCCGCAAACGCAAACCUAAGAACCUCAAUAAAUCCCAAACUGGGACACCAGGCAAUGAGGGGGCUCCGAUUACACCCAGCAGCACUCCCCGCGCCUCCACCACCUCCACCACUACCACCACUGCAGAGGAGACUCGCCAGAUAAAGACGGAGCCAGAAAAUCACAGCUUGUACACACAUCACAGCUCACAUGCACAGAUUUCUGCUUUGCCAGCCUACAUGGCAACUCAAGGAGGCCCCAUUCCCCUGAAGAUGUCCCCUGGGGGGCACAACGGGUCCUCUGGCUCCAAAGCUGAACCCUGGAACAGCCUAAUCCUGGCUUAGAAAAAACCUACAACCCAACAUCUCAAAAACCUACCUAACCACAGAAUACCUAUUAAAGUCUCCUGACAGACUCUGGGUUCAGACCAUCUGUUUCCUGCCCGCUGUGCAGCGUUGUCAGUGCAGGAACAGAAAUCUGGGAGCUACUACAGAAGAAACGAGGCCUUACAGUGCUGCACACACUGUGUGUGAACUCAGAGCAAACAAGGACUUGAAUGGACUUUGUUAUAGAAAUCUGAAAGAAGAGCAGUGACUAGAUUCACUCAGUAACACGACAGAAAACUUUUCGUCACCCUCCUCGACAGAUAAAUACUGUAACAUAAUACAUGACAAUAAUAGUUAUAGUCAUUUUUUUUAAAAUAACUUUUUUUUUUAUUUGCAUAUGAUUGUGGAUAUUUUGCCAAAAAGGAAAAACAUUAAAAUACACAAAAAAUGUUUAAAAAGAAAAUCACAAUUUUUAAACUUAAUGUAAAAAGUUGCACCACCAGGUUUACAGAAAGUGUAUUUAAAGGCCAGCUCAGAUACAUGUAUAUAAAAGAACCAGAAAUAUAGUAGAGUUGAUCACUUUCCACUGGUUGUAUCAAGGCAAUUCAACAAUAGACUUUCCACACAUUUUUCUUCAUGGUGCUUAAAGCUUUGAUUUUUUUUUUUUUUAACUGUGUGGGAUAAAAUCUUCCCUUGGAUUCAUCCAAAGAAACUGGCACGCUGUUUAGGGGAAAGUACAGUGCCUUUUAGGGUUUGCAGGUUUAAUUAAACGAGUACUUUUUUGUAGUUCAGUUGUAAUGUAAUAAGAUUGCAGCAGACGCAAACUAUUAAGUGUUUCUAUGCAGGUUAAAUUCAGCAAACUGAAACAAUGAGCGAUCUGUUAUACUCUUUUCAAACUGCAAUAGAAGGUAAAGCAAAUAUAAAACAGGUUAUAUAGAGUGUCCCAGGGAUCCACGGCAGUGGGCCAUCCUGCACAACAGUAUGUUUUGUCAUUGGCAGAUCGGUAUUUCUGCUGACAAGAAUCUGCAGUUAAAAGGCAACUGUGUAAUUAGCCCAUCUAACCUUUGAAUGACUAUUCCCCCCUAAACUUACUUUAUGGGAUCCACCACUCCCCAGUGCCAGUUAUCCGAUCGCUACACGAUCUACUACUCAGUGCAAUAAUAACAGCUCCUUAUCACUUUCUUCCAUUCAAAGUAUGAAAAAUACACGUCAGUAUUGGCAUCUCUUACAACACAUGAUAAACUACCUGCGCAGGAAGAGUGCACGUGAUGAUUGUGAUGUGGAGGCCACAUAGCUCCCCCUGCUGACAGAUGCACAGGCAUGCAACCACUGGACUUUAAUUAAAAGGUUUAGCGCCAAACCACAUCAUUAUCAUCACCGUCAUCAUCGGAUUACCAUCUACUAUAUAAGGACUGACCAAUAAGCUGUAAAGGAUUAACUGUACAGUAUGUUAGCAUUACUUCAAUUUGCUUUCUAAAAGCAUGGAGGCAACCAUUGUAAAUGUAGGAUAUUGCUACUGCUUCUAUGUAAAAACUCCACUCCAGUAUGAUCUGUGACAUAUUGUAGACAAAGACACUAAUAAAGACACAGCAUUUUGACAUAAUGCAAACAGUA